AUGAAGGCACAGAGCAUUUCUUACUGGCUCCUGGGCAUGGCACUUGUCCUCGGCUCGGCGCACACCGGCAGCCUCAGGAGAUGUCUGAUUUCUGUGGACAGGCACCUUAUAGAAAAGAGUUUCCCAGAAAUCAAGAGAGCCCUGCAAACUAAAGACACCUUCCAAAACGUCACCAUCCUGUCUGCAUUGGAGAAUCUGAAGAGCAUUAAGCCUGUAGAUGUGUGCUGUGUGACCAGUCACCUCCUGGCCUUCUACAGAGACAGGGUGUUCAAGGACCACCAGGAGACAAGCCAUAAGGUCAUGAGGCAAAUCAGCGGCAUUGCCAACUCCUUCCUCUACAUGCUGAAAACUCUGGAGCAGUGUCAGAUGCAUAAUCAGUGUCACUGUAGUGCCGAAGCCACCAAUGCAACCAGAACCGUCCAUGACAACUAUGAUCAGCUGGAGGUCUCAUCGGCUGCCCUUAAGUCUCUAGGAGAGCUAGACAUCUUUUUAACCUGGAUUGAUGAGAAUCAUCGAGAGACUUCUGCAGAUUGACACUAAGUGCC